AUGCCAGGGUCUUGCUGUAACCUUCGGAAAACACACGAGGACCAGCCAGCACAAGGGAACUCGUAUAACCAGAACUUCCAGAACCUAUUUUGCCAAAGCGAACGUUACGAGGCCGAAAGCGAAUUUGGAACCAUGUACCAGUGUCUCCUUGGCGAUUGCUGUGGAGAAGACUGGUUCCAUGAUCGAUGUAUUCUCGGAUUAUCUUUGGAUGGCUCUGCCGACUCUAGUGAAGAUGAUUCUGGUGACAUUCAGGGCUUCCCGGAUGAAGGUUCUUUCGAGUAUUUCAUCUGCUGGGGGUGCAUUUCAGCCAAUCCCUGGCUUUUGCAAUAUGCUGGAACACCUGGUUUCCUAGAACCGGUUGUUUGCAGGGAAGUUGCAGUUGCAUGUCCAGGCCAAAGUAGCGACGCUACGGUUUCUAGGAAACGCAAAGCCAGUGCAAUUAGUUCUGAGGGUGACACUGCCGAGACCGAUUCCGAACCUGCUAUUCGUGUCGGUGGACCUUCAAUAGCAGCCCCAGAGGCAAGCGUUGAAGCUACCUCUACCAAACUUUGUAAACUCCCACAGAAUAAGCAUCUAGACCUGGCCAACAAGAAGGUUUCACUUUUCCUGCGCUCAGAUUUUCGAGACCACCUUUGUCAAUGUGUGUCUUGUCUCGAAAAACUCAAAAACCACAAGUGCCUUCUAGAGGAGGAAGCAACCCAUGAGCCCCCUUUAGAUUCCGAUGCCGGCGAAUCCACAGGCCACAACAGCCUCCUAGAUGCCGGCGAAAAGGCACUUAGCAGUAUCGACCGUAUACGUGCAAUUGAAGGAGUCAUGGCCUAUAAUAUGCUUAAAGACAAGGUGAAAGAGUUUCUCCAGCCAUUUGCUCAAGAAAAGCGCGUCGUUUGUCAAGAAGAUGUCAAACAGUAUUUUGAGGCGCUCAAGGGAGGCUCAAAGACGACGCAUUAUCCAGAGGAUAAAAACUGA